AUGGCUAGAGUUAAGCAACCGGGUACCAGUCAAGAAGAAAGCUGUGAGAAACAUGCUCAAACCAAAGAUACUACAUCUUCAAGUGCCAAGUCAAAAUACAAACCAAAGUACCUAAGCAGCCAAGAAGGAAGAAACAAAGGGCCGGUGAAGGGGUAUCUCAUCAAGCCUCAUUUCAAGAGUGAGCUUCAAGCUUUUGAGAGCAAAUUGUACAAUACUACCAAGGAAUAUGGGGAAUUAUCUAACAAAAAGUUUGAAGGACUCUAUACGGUUCUCAACCUUCACAGACAAGCAAUGGUAGUAGUAGAAAAGGAAGUUUUCUCAAGAUUUGAUACCACUGACAAGGAACUUAAGGAGUCUUAUUUGGGUCGUGUUAUAAAUGCCCUGGCUAAACCUAUUAACGAUCGAGGAGAAAUUUCAACUUCUGAAUCUCAGUUAAUUGAAUCUCCUGCUCCUGGUAUUAUAUCGAGACGUUCCGUCCAUGAGCCUCUUCAAACAGGACUUAUUGCUAUUGAUUCGAUGAUCCCUAUAGGGCGUGAUGGCCAAAUAUUCUUAUCCGCCAAUGCUAGAAUCAGACCUGUGAUUAAUGUGGGUAUUUCUGUCUCCAAAGUAGGAUCUGCGGCUCAAAUUAAAGCCAUGAAGCAAGUAGCUGGUAAAUUAAAAUUAGAAUUGGCCCAAUGCACAAAAUUAGAAGCUUUUGCACAAUUCGCUUCUGAUCUCGAUAAAGCUAAUCAAAAUCAAUUGGCAAAAGGUCAACGGUUAUCCCAAUCAGCCCCUCUCACAGUAGAAGAACAGAUAAUAACUAUUUAUACCAGAACAAAUGGUUAUCUUGAUUCAUUAGAAAUUGGACAGGUAAGGAAAUUUCUUGUUGAGUUACGUGCUUACUUAAAAAUGAAUAAACCUCAAUUCCAAGAAAUCAUAUCUUCUACCAAGACAUUCACUCGAGAAGCAGAAGCCCUUUUGAAAGAAGCUAUUCAGGAACAGAUGGAACUCUUUUUACUUCGGGAACAAGUAGAAAAAAUUGAUUAA